AUCUUGGUGGAUCGUGGCCACGGUAGGGCUUCAGAACACAUCGCCGCCCAGCUGAGGCACCGCCGCUCCGAGCUCUCCGGCCACCGCUGCCACUUCGUCCGCCAUCCUAAGACGCACACCCCCUUCGGCGGCACCUAUGAGGUCGUUGCUCCUAUGUCUGCUCCUGCUGGGCAUCAGCUGGGUGGGGACGGAUGCCUUCUUCGAUGGUUUCUUUGGCAUCAGUGACAACACCACCUCGCCUUCAGCCCCCUUAGACCACCCUCCCAGCCACGUCCAUGGUCACAGCACGGACGAGGAGAGUGACAAUGAAGCCCACCAUCACCACCACCACGACCAUGAUGGUAUAGACGGGGAUGUGCACGACCAGCCUAGCCACGCCCAUCAUGGCAAUGAACAUCCCUACAUGGACGAAUAUGAAGACACCCCCUCAGAUGACACUCAACACCACGGCCGCCGCCACCACAAUCACAACCACAACCACACCUACCUUCACCACAACCACACUCACCACCACAACCACACCCACCACAACCACACCCACCAUCUCCCUCCACACCAACAUGGCCGCCACCCACACCCCCACCACCGUCACCAUGGGCCGACCCGAGAAAGUGACCGCCGGAUCUUCGAGUUAAAAAACCCGAUGAGCUUGGACGAGCGACGCCAACUGAACUUGUGGGACUCCAUCAUUAGAAGGAAAAACAACGGGUUCCAGUCGUCUGCAGGCUCCCACUAUGACCGCAAGAACCCCCACUACAUCCCUGACGGCCCUACACCCAACACUAACCCGGAUAUUCCCAGUGACCCAAGGCAUAUCUUUGGGAUCUUCCCCGCGAGAAGACUUCCCUUCCCUCCUUAUGGUCCCCACACCCACCACCAAAGUCCCCAAGCUGCUAUCCCUCAUAUAUCUCCCCCUCGCCACCACAGCCCUUCUCACCGAUUCCCCCCUGAGGAUGGUCGCAGUCCCCACCACGAGGAUCCCCACUACUACGGCCCCAGGUAUCACCCCCGUCCUCUCCACUCCAGCCUUCCCUACCCGCCACUUCCCUUCCCGUCACUUCGCAUCCCGCCGCCGCCUCCGCCGCCCACGACCCCCCGGCGGAGGUGCCCGAUGCUGUACUCCUCUAUCGGCGGCCGCUGCAUUGCCAUAUUCAGCAUCGCCCGAAUGUCAUGGAACGACGCCAAGCAGUUCUGUGACGGCAUCUUCGGGGAGCUGUUCACCUUCAGCCGCCCGCAGGAGUACCGCGACCUAGUGGUGUACCUGCGGGCAAAGGGGCUGAGUACGCCUCUGUGGGUGGGUGGCCGCGAAACCCCAAGCGGCUGGAAGUGGCUGGACCAAAGGAUUAUGCCGCUCGGGACGCCGUACUGGGCUGUCAGGGCCGCCCCCUUGUCGAGCGGCAGCCGAACCAUGCAGUGUCCUUCCAAGAGGAGCGACGACUCUCUGUGGUGCGCGGCGAUUGAAGCAGAGGACUACUACUACCUGAGCGACGCCGAGUGUGGCGCCCACAAGGCCCCGCUGUGUGUGCUGCGGGACGACGCCGAGGUGGUGGUUGCGCGCGGAGAAACCAACUACUUCUACCCUGCCCUCGACCCAGGCUUCUGCCGGAACUGGAUGGUGACCGGCCAAGACGAGGAUGGCAAGGAAAUCUUCAGUGAGGAGACCGAUCAAGGCGGCGAGGAAAGCAGUAGUGACGACGAAGAGAUGAGCGAGGGUGAGAGCCAGGAAAGCAGUGACGAAAGCGAGGAGGAGGAAGAAGGGCAGGAAGAUGAAGAGAAGGGAACGGAAGAAAACGAAGAGGAAGGAGCAGAUGAAAAUGACCAGGAAGAAGGCAAACAAACCACUUCUUCACCUACUCUUGGCGGAGAUGUAGACAACGAAGAGGAAGACAGUACCGACACCGACCAGGAGACGAACUCAGGGUCAGGUGGCGGAGAUGGGAUGCAUGAGGAUGACGAGGACUUUGAAGUGGAGGGUUCGGGGUUCAGCUUAUUGAACCCACCCAUAGACGACUAUUAUUAUGAUGCGAAUGACCCAGAGGACUACGAUGCCAUAGAUAGCCUUUUCGAUAACUAGUGCAAGAGGAUGAACGCAUGAUAGACAGACAAGACGUUUUUGUGUUGGGUUUUUUUUCUCAGUUUGCAGUGUGUGUGGAAUUGUACGGGUGGGUGAGUAAGUGAGUUAAAGUGAGUGAGUGAGAACUUUAUUAAACACAACGCUGAAGUGUAUGGGUGAAUAAGUGAGUGAACGAAUGAGAGGGAGUGAUGGAGUAGGCUAGUCUAUGGUAUUUGCGCGAGUUCGAUUGCCUCGCUAAUAAUGCAAACUUUAUUAAUGUAGUUUUCAUUUGAAGACGAGACUGCGACAAUCUGAUACCAAACAAAUCCAUGUGCUUUUGCUUCUAAUACCACGAAAAUUAAUUAAAAAAAAUUAUUGUAAUACAUGACACAACAAUUUAGCUUCUUACUGUGUGUGUGUGUGUGUGUGUGUGUGUGUGUUAUUCAUUAGUACUAUUUUGUGAAUGUGUAGCAAGUGUACGUUUCUAAAUUUACAUUAGCAUCUAGUAGGUUUUGCACUUCGUAUUUGAGUCCAUGUUUCGCCAUCAAUAAAACUAAGUCCUUAAC